UGGAUUCAUCCUCAGUCAAAACAAAUAUAUAAGUGCCAUUUGGCAUAAACUGUGUAUCAGUUUUUCUGAGGUUGGAUCACUGCUAUUGACUAUUACGUAUGUAUGCAUGUUGUGCACACCUAUUUUCACAUCCUAAGGUUAAAACUUCAAAGGUGAAGUUUCCUUUGCCGAUUUGCAUGUGAUCACAAAAUAUAAAAAAAUUAGUCUGUAACAACGUUCUUACAUAUCGUGUGUAGUUGACCAUAUUUUAAAUGCUCUUUUAUACCUGCUUCAUUAAACCUGUAAAACAACCAUGUGACACGGCUAUUUUCCAUACAAACUCCUAAAUCAAGAAAGCUUUCAUUUUUUAUAUUCCCUUAUAAUUAAUACUUGAAAUUUUACAGGUACAUGGAUGGAUGAUGAUAUCUGCUUGUUGUUUGUAGUUUCUAUAGACCACAAGAAUCAAGUGGGAGUAGUGUGUCGCAGUGAACUCUUUGAACUACUGCUUCUUGAGAUGUGGCAGUACUCGCUUCUUCCAAAAUUUUAAAUUUAAUUUAUAAAAUGGAAUUAUUUCUGCUUAUCUUAAUUUUUACAAGUUUCAAUAUAUGUGCAUCACACAAAAUAGUCAUGGACAACGCAGAGGAACGUGGGAUUCAAUUCAACAUGGGAAUUCCUGUGCCCAAGGUGCCAGUGCCAGAUGCAAGCUACACACUUACUCACACACUAGACUACUGGCCCUACAAAAAGUUUUACACUGUCAACUUAUCCACCGUGCUAAAAAAAGGAUACAAAGUAUUUUGGUAUUUUUGCGAGCUUGUCGGUCUGGGACUCCGUCUUGCAUUACAAUUAUUCGAUAUUUUUGAAAUGAGGAAGUCUUUCGAAGCGUUGGGCCAUGGUGGGCCUGGGUGGGGCAAGGAAACAGACGUUGACGAUUGGAGACACCUUCAUCGCCUCUAAACAGAUCCCCAAUAUGAGAAUAGUAUCAUAUUUAAAAUAUUAAUACGGUAUUUAUUUUUCUGUUAUGCAUUUCAUAUUGUUUUUAAGUCUGAAUAAAAUUACGGGAAUUAUUAUUUUUAGAUUUUUUAAAUAUUUUGGGAGCAAAUCAUUUAAUUGUGGAUGAAAAGUUUAAAAUAAUUUUGCCCUUGUUGAAAGUCAGAAUAAGCACAUGCGAUAGGUGAUUAGUGACCUCUGAGAGUUAAUUAAGACACACGAUGGCAGGAUAAUUUGAUAAAAGGCAGACACAGAAGAUGUGAAAAAAAUUUAAAUUAUUAUCGAUCAGGGAUCGAAUUGCUAAGUGGACAGCUUGCUUUAUUUAUUGCCAGUCUUCAACACGCAUCUUACUCGACUCGCACGCCAUAUAAAGGUCUGGGUGAAGUGAAAUCGAAAUCGACAAGGAAAGAAUUCCAAACAUUACAUUCACUCUAAAUUGUUACUGAUAAUUUUAUGAGACAAUAGUAAGAAUGCAGAAUUUGAUCAUCGUGGUAUGUGUGUAUGGUAAACUAUGCAUGUACAGGUACGUACGUAUACUUUCAGUCUCAUCCUAUGUAUAAUUUGUAUGUAUGAAUAGAUGCAUAUGAAAGUUCCAAUUAAUGUCCAAGUUCCUUUACCACCACGAUAAAUAAAUUAUGUGCACUCUCGAUUCACAUCAAAUUAUUCAGUUCCGUUCCCUGACCGAUUUAUGACGAAGUCAACCCUAGGCAUUAUUCGUGAAAGGGAAUCGAAACUUUGUAUAAUUAUUUGCAUGCACAAUCCUCUUGGGGACGGAAACUUCGUCAAAAGUGAAAACAGAGGACCUGGCUGAUUGGAAUGAAAUGUUUGCUAGUUCAGUUCGAGCAUUUGGAAUGCUUGCAUUACUUUAUGGUUAUUAAAAUAUAUUGCUAAAAAAUGGCAGAGUAAGCUAAGAAUAAGAGAACUAAUUUUCCAUAAAUUUACAAUGAAAUAGAACGCUAGAGGAAAUAUAAAUAAUGAAAGUAAUAAUUGUACUGCUGCUUACGGUGGUGCCACUAAAAAUAAAAUUGUGCAGUUGUGCAUCUCGAUCGCCGGUGAUUUCCAGUGUUAGCAACGGAACUUUUGUAGAUUCGCAUUCUUGGGCAAGGACUUCGUUUUCAGGCCUCAAUACAGAAUUAAGUCCUGGGCGUUAUAUCACUAAAAAGAGUGGAAUAACCCGCUUGAGACCACCACUACGACUACUCAGACAACGUGGAAAGAUAAGUGGAAUGGUAAGAAAGUCUGGAGCGGCCAAGAACAUGGUACAUUUUUAUAUCUAUCCAAACUUCAGAAAUCCACUGUAUCACGAGGAAAUAGUCGUGGGAAAUAACGCCAGCUUGUCCAGCUACAGGGCUGAUUUUAACCCAAUAAUUUUAAUUCAGGAUUACAUGCAAAACUUUUCCAUUGUUUAUCCACACAGAACGAAAGACGCGUAUUUAAACCAAAAGUUCAACUCGAACGUAAUUAUCGUGGAUUGGAAGGGGCUAGCUUCUCCUAAAUUCGGAUUAAUCAAUAAUAUUGCCACAAGAUACCCAAGAAUCUCAAGAAAAGUGUCAAGAAUCGCAAGACAAAUUACUGAUCUUCUCCUCUACUUGUCAACGCAAAAUCUCCUUCACGAUCCCAUGUCCGUGCAUAUUGUCGGCUUUGGGCUGGGGGCGCAAGUUGCUGGGGUCGUUGGGAACAACUUUAAGCGAGCAACAGGAGGACUGCUUGGUCGUAUAACGGGGCUUGACCCUUCCGGCCUGCAAUACCACUAUACAGCAAUGUCUGAAAAGCUGGAUAAAACGGAUGCAGAUUUCGUCGACGUUUAUCAUACAACCACGGCUCCCUUUGGAUUUGGAACUUCUAUUGGAACCGUGGAUUUUUACCCCAAUGGAGGAGGUCCGAGUCAGCCAGGCUGUAAAUCUGCAGUACUGGAUAUGAUGAAGGACAUUCCAGGGAUGGAGGGUUCGUGUGCCCACAACCGAGCAUGGCAGUAUUUCACUGACUCCAUUUACAAUAAAAAACUUUUUGCCUGUCAGUCUACUUCUUAUUUAAUGUACAAGAUGAAGUCUUUUUGCUCCAAACCCGUGGUAUUUGGACAACAUAUUUCCAAACGAGCGAGAGGAGACUAUUUUCUAGAAGUUGUGCAUAAAGACUAACGCAAUUACGCUACGCAAGUGGAGUAUAAUUUAUUAUAAUUAUUGCUGUAAUUGACCUGUUACGUGAGGCGAGAUAUGAAAAUUAAAUGCUCGAAUGCAAUUCCAUUUA